AUGAUGGAUGGAAUCGAAGAAAACGGAUCGUCACAGCCGAACGUCGGCACCACUGCACCACCCGAAACCAUCACGGGCUCUCGGCAGGGAUCCAUCGAGACUGGUGGAUCAACUACUGCUUCAACUGGUGCCCUACCGGAAAAUUCACUUCUGGUUGACAUUUCCGAUGCAUUGAGCGAAAAGGAACGUGUCAAAUUUACCGUCCACACACGCACCAACCUGCCCGGGUUUGAAAAGCCGGACUUUCUAGUGGUUCGCCAGCACGAAGAAUUCGUCUGGCUGCACGAUCGCUUCGAAGAGAACGAGGAAUAUGCGGGCUACAUUAUACCGCCCUGCCCACCGCGACCCGAUUUCGAUGCAUCGCGCGAAAAGCUGCAGCGGUUGGGCGAGGGCGAAGGAAACAUGACCAAGGAAGAGUUCAAAAAGAUGAAGCAAGAACUGGAAGCGGAAUAUUUAGCCACCUUCAAAAAGACUGUCGCGAUGCAUGAAGUCUUCCUGACGCGCCUUGCCUCACAUCCCGUGUUUCGGGAAGAUUCACACCUAAAGGUGUUCCUCGUGUACGAUCAGGAUCUAUGCGCAAAGAUGAAGAAAAAGAUCGACAUCUUUGGUGGGUUGGUGAAAAGCAUCGGAAAAACUACCGAUGAAAUCUACCUUGGCGCUACGGUGAAGGAUGUGAACGAUUUCUUCGAGCAUGAGCUGCAGUUUUUGGGAGAAUACCAUGGACACCUGAAGGAGGCCGCCAUACGGACGGAGAAAAUGACCAACAAACACAAGGAUGUGGCAGAUUCGCAUGUGCGCAUUUCGUCGCAACUGUUGGCCCUAUCGACCGCAGAGCAUCACGGAUCGAUGGAAAAGUUUCUAGCAAAAACGUCGGACAUUUUCGAGAAAAUUAGGAACAUGGAGGGGCGAGUCGCAAGCGAUCAAGACCUUAAGUUAGGCGAUACGCUACGGUACUAUCAGCGAGAUAGUAAUGCAGCGAAAGCAUUGCUCAUUCGUCGUUUACGUUGCUUGGCGGCGUACGAAGCGGCUAACCGGAACUUGGAAAAGGCACGGGCAAAAAAUAAGGAUGUGCACGCGCCGUUGGAAGUGCAGGAGGCGGAAAGUGCACAGACGCAAGCGUGCGAAAAGUUUGAAUCCAUGUCGGCACGUGGUAAGGAGGAACUGGUCAGCUUUAGGUUGCGCCGUGUGGCUGCCUUUAAGAAAAGUUUGACCGAUCUGGCAGAACUGGAAAUUAAGCACGCCAAAGGACAGUACGAAUUUUUACGCCAGUCUUUACUCGCCUUACAAGAGUUGGUCUAAAGAGUUGGCACGUUUGGCCCUAGAUCAACGAAUAAAACCGUCUCUGUAGCCGUCUGUCUGUCUGUGUUUGGAACAAUAUUACCUUCU